AUGAAUCUCCCCGUCCCAACCCCCAAUCUGGCAGGGAAUGUAGUACGCAAGGUGCGCCGGCGCAAACACUCAGAUCCCAAUGAACGCAUCCCACCCGGCGUGGAAGAAGUAAUUUCGCGUGGCUCCUGCCAUAUCGGAAAACUGAACGACACAAUGGUUUUAAAAUACGCCUCCGAUUUCAACGACCCAGGCUAUCUAACAAGCGUCAAAGUCGAAAACCGUAUCCUGACUAUCCUAGGCGCACACCCCCGAAUCGCCGAAUCCAAGGGCCUCGCUGAAGACGGACUCAUCCUCAAAUACUACCCUAACGGUACGCUCCGCACCUACAUCAAGAACCACCCCCACGAGACUCUCGAACGCCGCCUCGAAUGGUGCAAGCAGCUCGUCGAUACACUGUCGUACGUGCACUCCAAGAGCGUCAUCCACUGCGAUAUCUGUCUGCACAAUAUCCUCCUCGACGAGAAUUACGAUAUCAUCCUCACCGACUUCCAGGGUCUGCUUAUUUCGAUCACUACCGGUAGGACCUUGCUCGAUGGAUUGACGCGCGAGUGUGCCAAGUCGUACAUGCCAAGAGAGAAUGUCUAUUUUGCGAGUGUUCGUACUGAUCUCUUUGCUGUCGGAUCGGCCAUCUAUCAUCUUAUUGCUGGACAUGAGGUCUUUCCUGAAUUGGAUAGCUUUGAUGACGAGAAGGUUAUCAAUGCCCGGUUUGUGAGUGGGGAGUUUCCGAAGAAUGACUAUGUCGCUAGUCAUAUUGUGGAGAGGUGCUGGAGAGGGGAGUAUGAGUCUGCUGCUGAGAUUUCAGUUGAUAUUGCUCAGGUUCAGGCUACUACGAAGGCUGUUGAGGAGGAUUUGAAUAAUGAAGAGGCCUUGAAGCAGGAGGAAGAAUAUGGGGACGAAUAUGGGGACGAAGACGCGGAAUACGAGGAGUGGUAA